AUGAACCGAAUUCUUGUCUUGCUCUUCGUUUUCUUGGCUGUAUUUUUUACUGUCAAUGCAAACCUCUCAUUAAUGCAAUGUCCGGAUCACAGUGCAUCAAAUGUAUCCGCAAUCUAUCAAGUAACUAUUAACCCUAAUCAGCCAGUUUCUGAUGCAAAAAUCACUAUUAAUGGUCAUGUAUAUACGAAGGUUGAUAUUAUUCAAGGCGAUAUAUUCAUUUUUGGAUUUAAAUAUUCAGAUCAUAAAGACUUUGCGAGUGAUUCUAAAGAUAUUUGUAGUGAUGGUAAAACAAAAUGUCCAACUCAAUCCUAUGAUAUAGACUUUAGUAUUACUGCACCUAAAUUGCCUAAUUUCUACAUUAUCGAAGCCUCAAUUUUUAGACCAAACAAAAGCAUAACAGUAGCUUGUGGUUAUACUCCUUAUAUGACUAGAUAG